AUGGCUAAAGGUCCAAUUAUAAUACCCCUUCGAUGUCCAGGAACCAGUAAUCCUGUACACUAUCCACUUCAAGAUACCUUGACUGCGAUCGAUGAUAUCCAGCGACAGAAGUAUAACAAAGAACUUAUUUGCAAGGUUAAAAACAUUUAUACCUAUUUCAGGGGCGUGAGCGAUGGUGGCGACAUAGAAGUCCUCCGCAACGAUAAUUACAAACGACUCUUUCCCUGGUACAAGACGAUGAACACGUCUAGAAGCAUCUCUUGUAGUCUCUCGGCGGCCCGCAGGAAUUUGAACACCUUACUAAGGCUGAACAAUCCACUUAUGGGAGUAACCUUUCACCACGAAAUAGUCGUAUGCUAUCAAGGAAUGACUGCUAAAAUUCCUCAGGCUGUUCAGCCUACUGCUGCUUCCAACUUACCGCCUAAAUUUACCCCCGCCCAAUAA